GCCUCGGCGGCAGAGGAGACUCGGGGGCCAUUUUGUGAAGAGACGAAGGCUGAGCGGUUGCGGCCGCGUUGCUGACCUCGAGCGGUAGCCGGCUUCUCCACGUAGAACCCGGGAGUAGGAGAUUCAGAAUCGAAUCUCUUCUCCCUUUUCCCACCAGGGCAGCAAGGCGAACCCCAUCCCUACUCACUGGAGCUCAGCUUUGAUUUUUAACCUCCCUUCCCCACCCUUCCAGAACACACACAUUCCCAUUCCAAAACUGAUUUUAUAAAGAGCAUUUUAAACAUAAUGAUGCAACUUGGUGUGCACUACAGCAAAUUCACAGUGAGAUUUUUUUGAUCUUCAGCUACAUUUUGGCUUUGUGAGGAACCUUAAUCAACAAAGAAAAUGGCCAGCAAUGUUACCAACAAGACGGAUCCUCGCUCCAUGAACUCCCGUGUAUUCAUUGGGAAUCUCAAUACUCUUGUGGUGAAGAAAUCUGAUGUGGAGGCUAUAUUCUCAAAGUAUGGCAAAAUUGUGGGUUGCUCUGUUCAUAAGGGCUUUGCCUUUGUUCAAUAUGUUAAUGAGAGAAAUGCCCGGGCUGCGGUGGCAGGAGAAGAUGGCAGAAUGAUCGCUGGCCAGGUUUUAGAUAUUAAUCUGGCUGCAGAGCCAAAAGUGAACCGAGGAAAAGCAGGUGUGAAACGAUCUGCAGCGGAGAUGUACGGGUCAGUACCAGAACACCCUUCUCCGUCCCCUCUACUCAGCUCCUCUUUUGAUUUGGACUAUGACUUUCAACGGGAUUAUUAUGACAGGAAUUCUGUCUUCUUCUUAUCCAAUAGGAUGUACAGUUACCCAGCACGUGUUCCUCCUCCUCCUCCUAUUGCUCGGGCUGUAGUGCCCUCAAAACGCCAACGUGUAUCAGGAAACACAUCUCGAAGGGGCAAAAGUGGCUUCAAUUCUAAGAGUGGACAACGAGGAUCUUCUUCCAAGUCUGCAAAGUUGAAAGGAGAUGACCUUCAGGCCAUUAAGAAGGAAUUGACCCAGAUAAAACAAAAAGUGGAUUAUCUACUGGAAAGCCUGGAAAAAAUUGAAAAGGAACAGAGCAAACAAGCAGACUUGUCCUUCUCAUCCCCAGUAGAGAUGAAGAAUGAUAAGACAGAAGAGGAGCAGACCACCAGCUCCCUGAAGAAAGAUGAGACUAAUGUGAAGAUGGAGUCCUAGGGGGUUGCGGAGGAUUCUGCUGAGGAGGGGGACCUACUGGAUGAUGAUGAUAAUGAAGAUCGGGGGGAUGACCAGCUGGAGUUGAUCAAGGAUGAUGAAAAAGAGGCUGAGGAAGGAGAGGAUGACAGAGACAGCGCCAAUGGCGAGGAUGACUCUUAAGCACAUAGUGGGGUUUAGAAAUGUUGUCCCAUUAUUUCUUUAUCUAGGCGCUUGUCUGAGAUCAAAAUUUUCACCAGAUCCUCUCCCUAGUACCUUCAGCACAUGCUCACUGUUCUCCCCAUCUCGUCCCUCCCAUGUUCAUUAAUUCAUAUUGCCCUGCGCCUAGUCCCAUUUUCACUUCCUUUGAUGCUCCUAGUAGUUAAGUCUUAACCCUGUAAUUUUCGCUUUUAAUUUUGAUAUCUCUUUAUGACUUAACAAUAAAAAGGAUGUAUGGUUUUUAUCAACUGUCUCCAAAAUAAUCUCUUGUUAUGCAGGGCGCACAGUUCUUUUCAUUCAUAUAUGAGUUCAGUAGUUGCUUCCCUAACUGCAAAGGCAAUCGCAUUAGUUGAGUAGCACCUGAGAGCAGCUUUGAGUUAGAGGUAUGUGUUUUAUACCCCGUAUAAGAGUGCUAUGUGGGGCUGUUCAACACAAAUGUAACAAUGUAUUUUUGUGAAUGAGAGUUGGCAUGUCAAAUGCAUCCUCUAGGUAAAUAAUUAGUGUAAUAGUUUUAAGAUUUGUUUUCUAAAGUUGAUACUGUGGGUUAUUUUUGUGAACAGCCUGAUGUUUGGGACCUUUUUUUCUCAAAAUAAACACGUCCUUAUUAAACCAGGAAUUUGGAGGAAAAAACCUGGUUUUUUU